CUGUUUGGACAAUUAAUGCAAAGCAAAUAUUGGUCCAAGUCUUUCUCCAGGGUCUUGAACGGAUAGGACACGGUUGGUUAGAAAUUCAAUAGUUACCAAAGAAUCGGCCGGGUUAUAAUUGAUGUCAAGCUUUCCAUUUAUCAGACUAAUCUGGAAAUGGUUGAUUAGUUCCACAAUUUGCAGAGAUUACAUGAGCAAGAGGAGUAGCUUAUCCACCAACUGGGGUUUUAACUUUGUAAUCACAAAGAAGAAAUCUGAUAUGUAAUUUGUCUUUCUGAGCAUUUGGGGUUUUGAAUUGUCACCAACAUGAAUCACAGAAUCCAGGCCUGUCUGCUUGUUCUCUGCCCAAUAUCAAUUCUAGCUGUGCAAGCAAUCUCUCCAGAUGCUGGUCCUCUAUAUUCGUUGAGGUCUCUCUGGCCAAAAACACCAACAAGCUGGGACAAUCCUGAUCCAUGCAAUGGUUGGGUAGGAAUUAUCUGCAACAACGAGUUUCGCGUCAUCUCCAUAAAACUGUCAAGCCUGGGCCUCAAGGGUCAGCUGCCUGGAGAUAUCGGAUCCCUAACUCAGUUACAAAUUUUGGACAUGUCUUACAACAAAGGUCUGAAUGGCCCUAUCAGCGGAGCAAUUGCUGGCUUGACGAACCUUACAAACCUGAUUCUGAUUGGAUGCAGUUUCUCGGGGGUGAUUCCUGACAAUAUAGGAUCUCUGCAGCAGCUGGUCAUUUUAUCUCUGAAUUUUAACAGUUUCAGUGGAACAAUACCUUCUUCCAUUGGUAAACUAUCUAAACUUUAUUGGUUGGAUCUCGCUGACAACAAGCUCACUGGAACCAUUCCUGUCUCUAGUGGGAACCAACCUGGUCUGGAUAUGCUAACCCAUACUAAGCAUUUUCACUUCGGAAAGAACCAACUCGGUGGUGAAAUCCCGGCUCAACUUUUCAGAGAAAACAUGAGUCUUAUACAUGUGAUUUUCGAUAAUAACAAAUUUACUGGGCCUAUUCCUUCCACAAUAGGACUAUUGAACAAAUUGCAGGUUCUGCGCCUUGACAGGAAUUUAUUAAGUGGACAUGUCCCUUCGAGCCUCAACGAUCUUACAGACCUCCAGCAGCUGCAAUUGUCUAACAAUCAACUGACAGGCCCAAUGCCUGACCUAAGUGGCAUGAAGAACCUCAACUAUGUGGACUUUAGUAAUAAUACCUUUGAGGCAUCAGAUGUUCCACAAUGGUUUUCAACCUUAAAAGUCUUGACCACAUUAAUAAUGGAUAACACACAACUUCAAGGAUCAUUAACAUCGGCCCUGUUCAGCCUACCUCAACUGCAAAGUGUGAAUCUAAAGAACAAUCAAAUCAAUGGUACCCUAGACCUCGGCUAUAACUACAGUGCUGCAUUGCAAAUCGUUGAUGUGCAGAAUAAUCAAAUCAUGUCUGUGCAAGGUCAUGAAUACCAUAAGAAGUUGCUUCUAGAUGGUAACCCAUUCUGCAGCAGAAACACUGGAGCUGAUCCAUUGAACUACUGCACGAAUCAAGAGCAAUCAAUUCCACCAUAUUCCACAAGCAAAAAAAACUGUGGCGCUGAUUCCUGUCCUUCAGAUCAGGUGUCCAGCCCCAACUGUAAAUGUUCAUACCCGUACAUGGGCACCCUAUAUUUCAGAGCUCCUUUAUUCUCUUGGGUUGGUAACAUGACCUAUUAUUAUGAGCUGGAAAAAACACUUACUGGAUCAUUUAAAAAACUUCAACUUCCAGUAGAUUCAGUUUUUCUGAGUAACCCCAGAAAGAGCUCAGAUAAUUACCUUGAAUUGGAUCUCCAAGUCUUUCCUUAUGGAACAGAACGCUUCAACUUUUCUGGGCUCUCAAGUGUUGGGUUUGUUCUCGGCAACCAAACCAUUAAGCCCCCACCAUCUUUCGGGCCAUUCUUUUUCAUUGGUUCAGAAUACAAGGCCUUUGCAGAAUCAUCCCCAACAUCGAAAAAGUCUAUGAGCCUUGGAGUAAUAAUUGGAGCAGCAGUUGGUGUAUUUGUUCUUGUGCUAGCACUACUUUGUGCAGGAUAUUACGCCUUUCGUCAAAAGAGAAGAGCUGAUAGAAUUACAGAGCAAAGCAAAGCUUUUUCUUCUUGUGAUGCCAGUAGCAGUGGCAGCAUACCUCAGUUAAAAGGAGCAAGAUGGUUCUCAUUCAAUGAACUUAAGAAAUGCACAAACAAUUUCUCAGAGGCCAAUGUCAUUGGAUCUGGGGGUUAUGGGAAGGUUUACAAAGGAACACUUUCUGCCACUGGCCAAUUGGUUGCCAUUAAAAGAGCUCAAAGGGGAUCAAUGCAGGGUAACGUUGAGUUCAAAACUGAGAUUGAGUUGUUAUCUCGGGUUCAUCAUAAGAACCUUGUCACUCUUGUGGGAUUUUGUUUCGAGAAAGAUGAACAAAUGUUGGUCUAUGAAUAUGUUCCAAAUGGUACUCUAAAGGAAAGCAUUUCAGGGAAGUCAGGAGUCCGAUUGGAUUGGACAAGGAGACUUAGGGUAGCCCUUGGCUCAGCCAGAGGUUUGGCUUAUCUACAUGAACAUGCCAACCCUCCCAUAAUACACAGAGAUAUCAAGUCAACCAACAUUCUCCUGGAUGAACGCUUAAAUGCAAAAGUUGCUGAUUUUGGACUCUCCAAGCUUAUGGCUGACAAUGAAAAGGAUCAUGUCAGCACUCAAGUCAAGGGGACAAUGGGUUACAUGGAUCCCGAAUAUUAUACCUCUCAGAUGUUGACAGAAAAGAGUGAUGUAUAUAGUUUUGGGGUGCUAAUGUUAGAGCUGAUAACUGGCAGGAGACCAAUAGAGAGAGGGAGAUACAUAGUGAGGGAGGUGAGAGUAAAGAUGGAUAAGACAAAGGAUCUAUAUGGCCUAGAUGAACUUCUUGACCCAGUCAUUGUAUUAGGCACUUCUCUUAAAGGAUUAGAGAAAUUUGUGGAUCUAGCCAUGAGGUGUGUGGAAGAAUUAGGAUCUGACCGCCCAAUGAUGAGUGAAGUGGUGAAAGAGAUCGAGAGCAUUCUACAGUUGGCUGGUCUGAAUCCAAAUGUUGAUUCUGCAUCCACUUCAGAAAGUUAUGUAGGUUCCAGUGGAAGUCACACCCAACAUCCUAACAGUGACAGUAAGGAGUUCUUUGAUGAUAGUGGGGGUUAUCCACCUUGCAAGGUAGAAGCACAAUGAGUUGAAGUGUCUGAUUAGGCUCUGUUUGGUGUAAAUGUAUAGAAGUACAUGCAAAUGGGCCGAGUGUCAAUCCUGGUUUUCUAUUGCUUCAAAUUAAUUUAAGCUUUUCUUUUUUUAUUUGUAAGAAGUAAAACAGGAAGUAAAAGGAUGUAAUCACACAGCACUGGCUAUUUGGCUAUGAUUUGCAGGUACAACAGAAAAAGAAGGUAGUUUUCUCAAGUUUCUAAA